AUGAUGGACAUGGAUUUGAAUGCUUCUAUGAUGAGCCCUGGACAGGCUGACAGCUGGUGGGACAUUCAAUCCUCCUUGCCUGAAGUUCUGAAUGCUGUACCAUUUGCCUUUAUUAUUUACACCAACAAAACCAAAUUAUCAUCAUUUGGCACUGCAAAGGGCUAUCCUGUUGUGAUAUUUCCUUUGCAUAUUAUGAGGAACACAAAUGCCCAUGCCCAACACAGCUGCACUGAGGGUGAAAAGGUGCUUAAGGCACUCAGGUUGUGGCCCAUCCAUAAUGUUUUCUGGCUCAUCUGCAAUUCUGACCUUUAUGGUGCACUCAGCUUUGACCACCUACAUUUUCUACAUGGUGGUCUAUGGGGAAAGCACAUACUACAGGACAUCUUGAGAAUUCUGAAUGUCCUUGGGCACAAUGCUGAAACCAAUGUCAAGAACUAUGUUUCCAACUUCCCCCAAUGGUGGCUCCUCUUUCACUUCAAGAAUGUCAUCAAUGUAACAUUUUCAGAUGGAAACAAGAUGUGUGAUCUGGCAAAAGCAAUGUUCUAUGCAUUGCUGAAUGUUUUUACCAGGACAGCCACACCUGAAGGCUAUUGUCUUCUCUGCAUCCUUGCAAGUUAUCUCCAGCUGGACAGUUUGAUAGGUUUGGACAUGCAUACUGAACGAACAAUAGAAAUGAUAGAUGCAGAGUUGCUGAAAUUCAACAACAAAUUGAGGGCAUACAUUGAAUGUGUAAAUAAAUCUGGGUUAGAAGGGCUGUGGGUGGACUGGGACUUUCCAAAGAUCCUACAUGUGGACAAACAUAAGCUUGCUGCCAAGCUGCUCAGAAUGCAUGUCAAUAACUACAAAAACUGGACCCAAAUGCAAGGUGAACCUGCAGGCACUGAGGGUGAAUGCAAUGACAAUCAAUCUGGAUUGUUCAUGGCAUUUGAUCAUGUCUAUCUUGGUUCCUCUUCCAAACCAUCUACCAUACAGGACAUUGAGGCCAGUUGCAGUGUCUCUGACACUGUCUUUAUAACAGAAUACAGAUACCUCAAAGUGAACUACAAGUCAUCUGUUGAUUGGAAAGUUGUUACUGACCAUCUGCAAUGCAAUCUGUCAUUCUAUGGGCAACCUCAGUAUGAUUGCACUCUCAUUCAACUCAUGGAGACAGACACUGCAUUUGUCCACCUCAUUUCUAUCUUCACCUGCAACAUCCAUGGUGUUGGCUCUAUUAGUCUCGCAUUCAUACAGCCACUGACAGCAAAAGUUGGUGGCACCUGUCAAAUUGACAUCGAUCUCUGGCUUAUCUGCAUCCAGGCUGCUCCUUGCAACAACCCCAUAUUCAUUCCCAUUCAAUCCAUUCUUUGUGGUGCAGUGGUAGCUCCUGACCCUUCAUGCCCUGUUAUCUGA